AGUUGUUUUAAAAAUGGCGGGUCUGGACUUGAGGAUCCAGGAAAGGGCCCAAUUAAGCCCAUAGGGGGGUGACGGACUCUUCCAUCGCCUCCUCAACCCAGGGAGGGAGCGAGACUGUAGAGAGAGAGAGUCAGCGAGGGAGGAAGAGCAAUGGCGGGUGCAUUUUGGGGGACGAGAGUGAUGGAGAUAGUGAAGAAACACGACUCAGGAGGUCUGGUAUGGAAGAGGAUCAAGCUCACCUCCACUCGUAAAGCCAACGCCAAGAAGCGUCUCCUCCGUGUUUGGCAGAAUGAAGCUGUUCUGAAGGCAUGUUCUGAACCACCUCCUUCAAAAACUGCAGGGGCUGCUGCUGUUGCUGGCGGUGAAAAGGACAACAUGAAUAGCCAAUGAGGAGUAUGAACAUUGGCCAAGCUUGGAAGGAGUAGGUGGAGAUUGUCCCUCCAGUACCUUUUUUUCCUUGUCAACCUUUUUUCAACCGUUUGGUAUAAACUUUAGGACUUUAACUCAGCACCGUUUUGAUCUUUUAAACUGUUUAGGAUUUACAAGAGUCAAGUGUAUUAUUCUUUGGAGCAUUUAAUUAAGAUAAAAGCUUCUAGUUAUGGUUUCAAAUUCUAUUAUAAUCCUGAAUGCUAUCAACAGUUUGCAAUAUAA